UAGCCUACUAAAAUUGUGUGCGCGCUCUCGAUUACCGACAGUGACCGGACAGACACGGACAGGCGGGUUUGUUUAUUUGUUUUUCUGACAUGAACGCACCGCUCGGCGUCCGGAGGAGAGUCCAGGAUGGCUGUCGUGGGCUUUGAUGUGGGAUCAUUUCAGAAUUGCUGUAUUGCUGUGGUCAAAAGAGGAGGAAUCGAGACCGUGUCCAAUGAAUUUACAGACAGAUGCACGCCGUAACUUUUAUCAUUUAAUGCAAAGAACAGGACCAUUGGUAAUGCUGCAAAAAGACAGGUGAUAACCAAUACUGCAAGCACAGUCUCUCAUUUUAAGAGACUACAUGGCAGAUUGUUUCAGGAUCAUUCUGUGCAAGCAGAGAAGGCUAGUUUACCAUAUGACCUGGUACCACUAAAUGAUGGGAAGGUUGGAGUCAAGGUCAUGUACCUCGACCAGGAGCACCAUUUCAGCAUCGAGCAGGUCACAGCUAUGUUGUUGACCAAAUUGAAAGACAUUGCAGAAGCUAAUCUGCAGAAGAAAGUGGUGAAGUGUGUCAUCGCUGUCCCCUCAUUCUUCACUGAUUCAGAAAGGAAGUCUGUGCUGGAUGCUGCCAAGAUUGCCGGCUUGAACUGCCUGAAGCUAAUGAAUGACAGCACUGCAGUGGCGUUAAACUAUGGAAUAUACAAGGAAGGUCUUCCAGGCUGUGAUGAGAAUCCAAAGAUUGUGGCAUUUGUGGACAUGGGCCACUCAGCUCUCCAGGUCUCUGUUUGUGCUUUCAACAAAGGUAAACUUAAGGUGCUGUCAACCGCCUUUGAUCCUUAUUUGGGAGGGAAAGACUUUGAUCAGAGGCUGGUGGAAUACUUCUGUGCUGAAUUUAAGUCCAAGUAUAAGAUGGAUGUAAAGUCCAAGGCUCGAGCUAUGUUACGACUGACACAAGAGUGUGAGAAACUCAAGAAACUGAUGAGCAGCAACUCCACAGACAUUCUCCUCAACAUUGAGUGCUUUAUAAGCGAUAAAGACGUAUGUGAGAAGAUGAACAGAUGCGUGUGA